AUGAAACCCCACAGCCGACGAAAAAGCCCGAUGCGAGAUGAAGAGAUAGUCACCGAAUCCCUUCCCAUCAUAUCGUCGCCAUCGGCAUUGCCGCCAUUGCCGCCACCGCGGCUCAAGAAUGAAACAGCCAAGCACGGGCGUGCGAGCCAUUACACCAUUUCUAGAGAUGAGACUUCUUUGGGGAGCUCAGGGAAAGAUAGACUGCGUGCCAUGCGAAAGGCAGAAAACAGGGAACUAUACCAAGAGCUGUAUCGAGCGCAAUCAGCUUUACAAGACCAAAGAGAGGCAUGGGAAAGGCUGAUGAACGAUAGAAAGGGACUUUCAGUGACAGAGGAAAUCAUGAGAAUGAAAGACAAAAACCGGGUUUCAAGGACUCCUCUAUAUCAAUCGCCCGACGAUUCUAAUCCCGUCUUCAAUUUAGAGGAGGCAAUGAAAGAACCUAUGAACAAUGCGGAUGGCAAUAGCGACAGGCGGCUUCAUGCUGCUACCAAUGCCCUAAGCCUCCAAUACACAACACCAGAAAGCCAGUCGGACACUCUAGUCUUGGUUCUAGAGGACAAGAUCGAGAAACUGAAAAGGGAAAAUGAGAGACUGCUGCAUCGCCGGGAGCGAGAAAAUAAGCUUGACGUCAAUUUCGAAGUGUUCCACCACAUACCAAGAGAGGCGGGAACAGAGACCUAUCUUGAAAAGCCAUACUGGGCCAAAACAAGCAAGGGGAUUCAACUCAAGGCAAACUCGCCUAUACUGUACCCUGAUGCGUACAUACAGUACAAGUCUCUCGAAUUUAUUGUCGAGCGAUAUUACUCGAGAGAUCGAGAUGCGCCAGAACUUAUGGAAGCACUGCGGCAAAACCAGAUUCCGAAUCCAAUUCCCUCGGUAGAGCAUAUACGACCAGUCUCGAAUGCAAAAGAAACAAAAGAAGAACACGGAACAGGACAGCGUUACAUGAUAGACUAUCCUACUUACCAAGAGCUGCAUCCUCAAUCUGUAAAAAAGUGGGCUUUUAAGCCUGACUCUAAAGUGGAACCGACAUUCAUAGAGCAGGAAGCCCCUCCUGAGCCUGAUAUAUAUCUGUUACCUCGGACAAUACUUGGCUUCAAUCUACGAAGAAAGAAAUGGGAGGACCUAAACGUUGAUCACAUUCGAGAAGUGUCCUGGAAUAAAGACGCCUUCAACCAUCUUGUUGCGGACCCCGAAACCAAAGAAUUAGUUCAGGCCCUCGUUACAAACAAAGUUGCCGCAGAAAAGGGAACUGAUCUUAUGCAAAACAAGGGCAAUGGGCUCAUCAUGCUUCUCCAUGGAGGGCCGGGGACAGGAAAGACAUUUACAGCCGAGAGUGUGGCCGAAAUGGCCGAGAAGCCUCUCUACCCUGUGACUUGCGGUGAUAUUGGCAUCAAGCCAGAGGACGUGGAGAAAUAUCUGGAGUCAGUCUUUUACCUGGGCAGAAUAUGGGGGUGCGUGGUCCUCUUAGAUGAGGCCGAGCUGUUUCUAGAGCAGCGUUCUCUCAACGACUUGGCACGCAAUGCUCUCGUUUCGGUCUUUCUCCGUGCCUUGGAAUACUACGAUGGCAUCCUCAUUCUAACGUCGAACCGAGUCGGCACCUUUGACGAAGCCUUCAAGCGAGCACAAAUCUGGCGCAACUUCUUCCGCCGUCUCAAGUCUCUUAAAGAGGACAACAUUGACUAUGACGACGUCGAAAACUACAUUGGCGAGCUGUCCGAGCGAGAGAUGAACGGGCGUCAGAUACGCAAUGUCAUUACUACUGCCAGACAGUGGGCUCAGUUCCAGGGCAAGACAAUGACGGCGAGUCAUCUGAAGUAUGCAAUUAAAGUCACUAGCAAGUUUGAUGCUUAUAUCAAAGACGUCAAGGAGGGACACUCUGAUGAUCAAAUAGCAAGAGGAGAUGGGGUCCGAUAG